UAUCACAUCUCCUUAUAUAAGCAGCUCCAUUCUCUGCUUUCAUUUUUACUCUUUCUCCUGUCACAUAGAGUGUGUUUGUCUUUAAAACUGUUGUGCUACAGUCUAAUAUCACAGAAAGAAAACUUUCAGUCUACAGAGUAUAAAUCCUCUACACUAUGUCAUCUAACCAAUCAUUCAAAAACCAACAUGAAGAGGCCUACACCUCCCUGAUGAGAGGUCUGAAGGAGCUGGACCUACAGGGACCCUGUGUUCCCUGUGACCUGGUGCUGAUUGGAGACCAUGCCUUUCCUUUAGCAAUGAACAGCCGAGGUCAGGUGCUGAUGGCUGCCUCUCUGUACGGCAGUGGAAGGAUUGUGGUCCUGGGUCAUGAGGGCUACUUGACAGCCUUUCCUGCUCUGGUAAAAAAUGCUGUGACCUGGCUGAGAGGUGAUGGAUCUGAUAACCUCUCUGUAGGGGUACACACAUAUGUCAGUGCAGUUGCUGAUAACCUCCAAAAAUCCAGUUUCCAAACAAAAGUUGUGGGAGCUUUCAGUGACAACCUGGGAGUUGGUGUUUACGUGACCGAUGCCUACAGCGUGGGCUCAGACCCAAAGGAGCUGGUGGCGUUUCUGAAAGCUGGAGGAGGGGUGCUGAUAGCUGGGCAGGCGUGGCAUUGGGCUGCAACUCACCCCAAAGAGAACACACUGCAUCAGUUUGAUGGGAAUAAAGUGUCGGGAGUGGCAGGGAUCUACUUCACUGAGCAUUAUGGUGAAGUGGAGAACCUGCCUGUCUACCCUCAGAUCCCGUCCUCCUGGAAGUCAUUAGCGACAGGAAAGGACUUCAAGGAUGACUUAGAGUUAUUACUCCAGGGGGUUUCAGAGUUCAACCUCCCGUCUGAUUCUGUAUUUUCUGAGGUUCUAGUCCACGGACCGCUAGCCUUUCCCAUCGGGACUACAGAAGAUGGACGUCCAUUCCUGGCAGGAGCCUACUAUGGGCGAGGACGGGUCAUUGUGGUUACACAUGAAGCAUAUCUAGUAGUCGAGAGCAUGGCUCCAUUUUGGCAAAACGCCAUUCACUGGUUGGAUGAAGGGCGCAGAGGGGUUGUUGGUGUCAUGGUGGAUCCUGCACUCGAAGUUCUCAGCAAGUCAGGGCUGAAGUGUGAGCAGACAAACUUCAGGAAAGACCUCAGUGUGUUUGUGUGUACAGCGUAUAUCACUGAGCAUUUGGAGGAAAUCCAAAACUUUGUGGCAGAGGGAGGAGGCCUGCUGAUUGGAGGACAUGCCUGGUACUGGGCUUAUACACAUGCUGGGCAAAAUCCAUUUACAGAUUUCUCAGGGAACAAGAUCCUGAACCAAAUGGGAUUGAGCCUUUUGGGAUCAACAAUCAGUGCAGGAACAUACAAAGCUCUUGUACCCAGCUGGCCGAUUAAAGAUACUUACCACUUCCGCCACCUUCUACACCGCUUCGUUGCCCAUGUGACUACAGGUGUAGAACUUAGCAAGCAUGAGGAGGGAUGUCUUAAAAAGCUGGGCAGUGACUGUGAUGCUUACUUGCGUACAAAGGCACAUGGCUGCUUCUAUUACACUCAAGUGUUGGCUGCACUCACUGACAUGUUAAAGAGGUCAGGCCUGCCACAGGUGAGUGACAGCUGCCCUGCAAAGACACCAAAAGACCAUCUACUCCUCAGUGUGGGAUCACCUGUAUACGAGUUUUGCCUAAAUCCUGAGGCCCUCCUGCCCUACCUCAUCAAGGAAAAGCCACUGAUGCCAGACGUCUAUAACCACAGGCUCAAGAUCGAUGUUAACACAGCAGAUGGAGAAGAGUGGAUCAGCACUAGUCUCUACCUCUCUCCUGGUAUGAGUACCUACAUGGUCAUGCCAGCUGAGACUGUCAACAAGGACUGGAAGAUUCAGAUAGGCUGUCAAACUGAUGACCUACAUAGAAAGGAUGAGCUGAAGAGAGCACCACGUGUUCAUGAGCAGUUUCCUGUUACUUCAGACAUGAUGCAUGUGUCCAACCUGUGGGGCGGACUCAUCUAUCUGGUGGCUCCACCCAACACACAAGUGAAAGGGUUGGAGAUCACAGUGCAGAAAGCUGUAACUGCUCCAUAUUACAAGUCUGGUGUAACAACUGCAGCUGAGUGGUCAUUGUUGCGCACGGCUCCUUCACCCUGGGCAGAGUUGGAGUUUGAAAACAUCGUCCUCACCGUACCAUCAGAUGCUGUUCGGGGUCUGGAGCACCCAGACAAGGUGGCCGCUCUCUGGGAUGAAAUCAUGAGGGCCAUUGCAGAUCUGGCUGCCAAACCACACAAAUUUCCCCGCAAGGAGCGCUUUGUGACAGAUGUGCAGAUUUCUGCUGGCUGGAUGCAUUCAGGUUAUCCUAUCAUGGCACACCAUGCUUCAGCUGCUGAAGUAGUUGGUGUUAAAAAAGGUGAACAACUGUGGGGUCCCAUCCAUGAGCUGGGACACAACCAACAGAGAAGCUGCUGGGAGUUCCGACCACACACCACAGAGUGUACGUGCAACCUGUGGUCAGUGUAUGUGCAUGAAGAGGUGCUGGGUCUCAACAGAGCACAGGCUCAUGGUGAUUUGACUUUAGCAAACCGAAAGACUCGAGUAGAGGAGUACAUCAAGGGAGGAAGGAAACUCAGUGACUGGAGUGUGUGGGUUGCCCUGGAAACAUAUCUGCAGCUCCAGGAAAAGUUUGGCUGGGAUGCCUUUAAGAAGGUGUUUGCUGCGUACCACCACAUGAGCAACUUUCCCAAUGACAAUGACUCAAAGAUGAACCUGUAUGCUGAGACUUUCUCCCAGACUGUGGGGAUGAACCUGACUGGCUUCUUCAAGGCCUGGGGCUGGCCCAUCGAAACAGCCACUGAGGAAAAAUUGUCCCAGCUGCCUCCCUGGAAUGAUCACCCCAUGACCCAGUACAAAUGAUCUAAACACGACUGCGGAAUAAAGAAAAGUAACCAGUGAAACUUUAGUUCAUUAAACGUUUUAUAUGAAUCUUUUUAUAACAUUUAUUGCAUGCAGAGGAACGUUGCAGCUUUUUUCACAGUAUUUGCACUGAUCAUUUGCUCCAAAUUAGUAUCCCUCCAAUUUAACUAGAUUUCUUUGAGUCAACUUGAACAUUAACAUGUCCUCUGCGCUAAUUUUUAUAUCUGGGAUUGUAAGACAGGGGGUGAAGAACUGUAAGUUGGGUUGCAGUGUAGAGGAGCUAAAUAUUAUUAUUGCUGUUCCUCAAAGUGAAGAUCUGUUGCCAUAAUGUCAAAACGGCUUAGCUCUGUGAAUUAUAAGAAGGUAAUUAUUUAGCAUACACACAGAUGGCAGCUGGAUUGUGAGUUGUGGUUAUGCUGUUGCUUUUUGGUUUAAUCAGUAAUCAUGUUUUUAAUGCAGCAAGUAGCAUUUCAGUAAGUCUUUAAAAUUCUGUAACCCAUAAUUAUCACUCUGUAAUAACCAUGUAAUACUUUCACUGAACUUUGAACUUGUCAAUCGCUAUGGGACAAAACUGGACUCAGUUUUUUGCCUCUUAAUAAAGAACUG